UUUGAGCGAACAGGCUAAUUGCACGAAUAACCUCAAAAUUUGAAGAUGGUAAAAUUAAAAUUGAAUAAAAAUUUAAAAACAGUCUCAUUUGAUGAGGAAAUUAUAACAAAAGAUAGUGCGAAUGAGCUACUAUCGCAAGUACAACAGACAAAUGAAAUAAUGGAAAAAUCUAGUGUGAAGACAAAAAAGGGAGAUAUUGUGUCUACAAAUGGUUUAAGAAAUGAUGAUUCAAAUGAAACUAUUGUUACAAACAGAAAAUCCAAAAGAAAAAGGCGAAACAAAGUUGUCAGUGAAAAUAACAUUGGAAAUCAAGAGGUACUUUUGGAAACAAAAAUGAAACGUAUAAAAAGAAAAUUGGUAACAGAUGAUGAAAAUUUAAAAAAUGAUCAAGUUAGUGUUAAAGAUCAGAAUCAAAAUGAGGAGUCAGAGGAAAAAAAAAUGAAAAAAAGAAAGAAAGUUAAAGAUCAUGAAAUUGAAAAAUCAGGACAGCCAGAAGUAACUGAUCAACAAGUUGGUGAAGUUAGUGUGGAAAAUCCAAAAGUAAAAACUAGUGAAUCCAUCAGGGCUCAGAAACGAAAAAAACAUGCAAAGUUAUUAGAAGAAAAACGUUUAAAAGGAGAAGUGGUUAGUCAGCAAAAUGCUUUAAAUUAUUUAUCGAAAUGGAAACAUUGCCGAAGUGAAUGGAAAUUUGAGAAGCUCAAACAGAUUUGGUUGCAGCAAAAUUUGUUCGAUACUAGUAAAAUUCCAAGUGAGUUUUGGGAAACCGCUCUUGAAUAUUUCAAUGGUUCAAAGGGAUUUAUUCGUAAUGUUGUAUUAAGAGAUGCACUGAAAAUUAUAGAGAAGGAAGAAAGUACCGAAGAAGAAAAUGCCGAUGAAAACUAUUUAUUAAUUGUAAAGAGGGCACGUGAUAUUGUACAAAAUUUACAAGAAUAAAUGUAUCUCAAAUUU